AUGCCACCAAGACAAGACAUUGCAAAAGCAACUGGGUGGGUUGCUAGAGCCACUUCCUAUUCCAGCCAGACCAUGGGAGAGUUUGUCCAUGGACUUCAUUGUGAGUUUACCCAAGUUAGAAAGAAGGGUGUGGCUCAAUUUUGGUGGUGGUCGACAGGUUCACCAACGGAUUGCAAUGCGGAGGAAGCUGCACCCUUGUUUUUGAAGCAUGUGGUGAAGUAUUGGGGAAUUCCCAAGAGUAUUAUCAGUGAUCGCGACACUCGCUUUACUGGUAAACUUUGGACGGAGCUCUUCAGGCUACUUGGGUCACAGUUGAACUUCUCUACUAGCUUUCACCCACAGACAGAUGGUCAGACAGAACGGGUGAACACAUUGUUAGAGCUAUACUUGAGGCACUAUGUGAGUGCCAACCAGCGAGAUUGGGCAAAGUUGUUGGAUGUUGCUCAGUUCUCAUAUAACUUGCAGCGGUCGGAGUCAACAGGGUCAAGUCCUUUCAAGUUGGCAACAGGACAACAACCUAUGACACCGAACACAGUGGUGUCAGGCUACACGGGGAGUAGCUCAGCUGCAUAUAAGACAACCAAGGAGUGGCAGGUGAGUAAUGAGCUGGCUCGGGCUAAGUUGGAGAAGGCAACUCGGAAGAUGAAGAAAUAG